AUGCGGUGUUUUUACGGGCUCGUCGCCUUCCUGGGGGGCGUCGCCCUCGCCGCGCCGGCGGCGGACUUUGAGUACCCCGAGGCGUUCCGCCAGCCGAAGCCCUCGGAGAAGACGCACCUGCGGCGAGCGCUGGACCCGGACCACGCCGCGAACAAGGUCUACCCGCCGGACCCCGAGGAGGGGUCGCCCAAGACCUUCGACGUCUGGCGCGAGAAGUUCCGCGAGCUCUACGAGAAGCAGCGCGACGGCGUCCUCGACAACGAGGGCGUCUGGCGCGAGCUCUUCGAUCGCGAGCUGCCCGUUUUGCCCGACGUGCUCUCCGCGGAGGAGGAGGUCAAGGCGGGGCUCCGCGCCGUGGGCAUGGGCGUCGAGGAGCGCAUCCGGUACAUGGUCGACCACGACGUCAAGCCCCUCUGGCCGCCGAAGAUCUUCGCCGCCGCGGAGCUCCGCUAG